AGUUGAAUUUUGCGCGCAGCCCAGGGCGGAUGUGUUUAGCGGCGAGAAACCGAAAAAGUCACCACGAUAGAAUAAGAAUCGCAGUUGGAGUCUAGUGCUAUAUAAAUAGUCGCGAAGAAAGUUAUUCGAAAAGUGAAUGAGUUCAGUUUUGGGUUUUGGUUUUUUGGUUUUGAGUUUUGGUUUCUAACGCGGAAACGAGCGGGAAAAUGGAAGUGCCAGCGAGCAAUUAGUGCAGCCAGACAUAAAGACACACUCACAGCUCGAAAAUACAGCAAAACAAAAGGAUUGCGACUGUGAAUUAUAAAGUAUAAAUUAUAAGCAACGACAACACAUCCACAGCGGAAUACGCAGCGACGACAGCGACAACAAACAAGAGAAAGAAAUUGAUAUAAAGUUCAAAGUGCCAGCGGCAAGUGGAACCACAUGACAAAUAGACGAGCCUCGGGAGCAACCCACUGCAAAACCACCAACAACUGCAAUAUUAGCAACAACAGCAACAACAGCAACAAAAUGACAAACUGCCAAAGUUCAGUGUUCAUAGUCGUAGGCACCCUGUUUUCCAUCAUGGCAGCGGCUCAAUCGGCACCCGUUUCCACCACCACACAGGCAGAGAUCUACCUGUCCCAGUUCGGCUAUCUACCCGCCUCUGCCCGCAAUCCCGCCAGCAGUGGGCUACACGACCAGCGGACCUGGGUGAGUGCCAUCGAGGAGUUCCAAAGCUUCGCGGGACUGAACAUCACCGGCGAGCUGGAUGCGGAGACAAUGAAGCUGAUGUCCCUGCCCCGCUGCGGAGUUCGGGAUCGCGUCGGCACCGGUGACAGCCGCUCCAAGCGGUACGCCCUGCAGGGCAGUCGCUGGCGUGUGAAGAACCUCACCUACAAGAUCUCCAAGUACCCCAAGCGGCUGAAGCGAGUCGAUGUCGACGCGGAGAUCGGUCGCGCAUUUGCCGUGUGGUCCGAGGACACCGACCUGACCUUCACCAGGAAGACCUCCGGCCCCGUGCACAUCGAGAUCAAGUUCGUGGAGAGCGAGCAUGGAGACGGCGAUGCCUUUGACGGUCAAGGCGGCACCCUGGCGCAUGCCUUCUUCCCUGUCUUUGGCGGAGAUGCCCACUUUGACGACGCGGAACUGUGGACCAUUGGCUCUCCUCGAGGCACCAAUCUGUUCCAGGUGGCCGCUCACGAGUUCGGUCACUCCUUGGGACUCUCCCACUCAGAUCAGAGCUCCGCUCUGAUGGCGCCCUUCUAUCGCGGCUUUGAACCCGUCUUCAAGUUGGACGAGGACGACAAGGCGGCCAUCCAGUCACUGUAUGGGCGCAAAACAAACCAGCUGAGGCCUACCAACGUGUACCCGGCCACCACCCAGCGGCCAUACUCUCCUCCAAAGGUGCCACUAGACGACUCCAUCUGCAAGGACUCCAAGGUAGACACACUCUUCAACUCGGCGCAGGGCGAGACCUACGCCUUCAAGGGCGACAAGUACUACAAGCUGACCACGGACUCCGUGGAGGAGGGCUACCCACAGCUCAUCUCCAAGGGCUGGCCGGGAUUGCCGGGCAACAUCGAUGCGGCGUUCACCUACAAGAACGGCAAGACGUACUUCUUCAAGGGUACUCAGUACUGGCGCUACCAGGGCCGUCAGAUGGACGGCGUCUACCCUAAGGAAAUCAGCGAGGGCUUCACGGGCAUUCCCGACCAUCUGGACGCCGCAAUGGUUUGGGGGGGCAAUGGCAAGAUAUACUUCUUCAAGGGCAGCAAGUUCUGGCGCUUCGAUCCGGCCAAGAGGCCGCCGGUCAAGGCUAGCUAUCCCAAGCCCAUCUCCAACUGGGAGGGUGUUCCCAACAACCUGGACGCAGCGCUGAAGUACACCAAUGGCUACACGUACUUCUUCAAGGGCGACAAGUACUACAGAUUCCAUGACGCCCGAUUUGCUGUUGACUCGGCCACGCCCCCCUUCCCCAGACCCACCGCCCACUGGUGGUUCGGCUGCAAGAACACGCCCUCGUCCACAGGUAAUAUCGUCGAAGGCUCGGACAACGAGUUCGAACAGCACUCCAUGAUCCCGCAUGCCGACGAUGGCAACGGUGAUGACUUUGACGCAGGCUUUAAGAGACGCGGAUACAAAAACAAGAACAAUUAACCACAGCACACAUCCAGAAAGCACAACAGCAACAACAACAGCCGAACAAAACGAACAUCGACUCCAUAACAACCCACACCACCACCACAUCCACAUCCACAUACAUAAGACUCAUGGCGCAGAAGAAUCACAAAGCGAAUGAGCCGCCAUAGCACAUGGCAUUCGGUCUUCUGGCUGCUUGCUACUGUCUUUCUUCUCCUUUCCCGCCUCUUCUCCCGUACAUAUAUCUUGUGUGUGUAGUUGUAGUGCGGCAAUGCUGAUUCUUCCUGCUCACACGUAGUAUCAUCCUGUUUUAGACUGCUAGACCCCAUCGCAUCGCACAUCCCGUCCUCCCAGAAUGCAACCUUGAUAUUGCUUUAUUCAAUACUUUUGUUCUUUAAACGAAUAUUUUUAUUUGCGGCUCUCAUACUCGCACCGAUCUACACAGCACCGCAAGUGCCGAGUCUGAAUCCCAACCCGAACCAGGGCAUUCUGCCCAGCUGGAUGUGGGGCCUAACGAACAGAUUCUUCUAGUCUAGAGGAUCUGGUGCUCAUCCGUGUGUUGUAGCCAGUCCCGUUGUAAUUUGCCAGCAUUAGUGUAAUCCAUCGCCCGCAUGAGUGAUCUCUGUCUGAAUAAAGUAAACCAUCAAUCGAAACAUACAAAACAUGCCACGCCCACGAACUGCGCCGCCUGCCGAAACGCCAAACCAAGCCAAAUAGAAAGAAACGAGUUUUCAGAAGAGUGAAGACCGUGGGCGAUCACCAGUCCAACGACGAACCAAUAGUUCCGGAAGUGGCCGAGCGAACCGGAAACGGAGCCAUGUCCCAGUCCAAGCUGACGAGCAGCUCCGCCGUGAGCACUGUGAUCACCACCAUCCUGAUGUGCCUCGUCUCCAAGCUCAUCGUUAGCUAAAAGAGCUAAGAGAUACCAGCGACCUACGGGCAGUGCAUUUGUGAACCUUAGGAUCAACGCUAGCCACUCGAGUAAAGUUUCCAAAAUUUUACUGCACGUUGGACACCGAAGUGCUUGAAAUUCAAAUGUUACGCACAUCAUAUCGAAUACGAUGAGAGGAAAUCCAAAAAAGAAUAAUGAAAACAUACAAAUUGAAAUCGAACAGAAUAUCAAUUGUAAAUUGAGCGAUCAGCAUGUGACACAGGUGCCUUAUCAAAUACUUUUGUUGUUGUGUAAAUAAAAUCAGCCUUAAAUAUAAUGAAAUAGUUUAUAACAUUCCGCAUUCAAAUCACAAAACGAUCAAAAGUCAUAUCAAACCAGAAGUUCUCUACGUAGUUUUGCUGUUUUGGUAAUGACAAAUUGCGAUAUUAAAUUUAACGAGCCAUAUGCAAGGAAUUGGAGAGAACCAAACAAAAAUAAAAUACUGAGCAUUGAACGUAAUUUAGUUUAGAUAUAAUUGUUAAUGUCGGCACAUGGGAAAGGAGCUCCGCAUGCUCCUCCAGCUGUGCUACAAUUUCGCAAACUCAAGUGUUUUAAGUUUACAAAACGAUACGUGACUUGACCAUAUAUAAACUAAUAUGAAAAUCAUCAUCGAGUACAUAUGAUUAUUAUAUAAGUGAUAUUUAAGACAGUCCAUUAAACGAUAUUUUUUCGGGUUUAAUAUUUAAAACCGAAAUAUUAUUUAACUUACGUAUUAUUAUGUAUUAUUAUUAAUAUUAUAUACCAUAAAUGUACGCUGAAAUAAGAGAAACUGAACAAAAACGAAAACGAAGAUACAACAAAUAAAGAAACAGAAGUCCAAUAAAAAAU